AUGUCUCAAUCGGAGGCGGAAAAACUCCUCAAACUCGCCGACGCCUCCGCGCGAGGCAGUCUCUUUAAAUCGAAAGAUCUCGAGAAAGCGUCUCUGCUCUACGACGACGCGUCGAAGAUGUUUCAAAGCGUGAGACUGUUCCAUAAAGCAGUCCUGGCGAAAGAACGGUGCGCAGAAUCGAACGAAGAGACGAACAAUGUGUUCUUAGCGGCGCGGUCGUACGACCAGUGCGUUUUGUUAGCAUCCCGAGCGGUAUUGGAGACGAAGGAGUUCGAUGUGAACGAUUCGAAGGCGAUACAGUUACUGAGCGAUUUCUCUGCGAGAGCGAGCGCGUGUUACGCGUCGAGCUCGAGGAUGCAACAAAGCGGGGAGUGUUUGGCGAAAUGCGCGAGGAUUUUAGAGAAAUUAGGAGUCAAAGGGGAGGAAAAAUCGGUGUCGUUAUACGAGCGAGCUUUGGAUGUGCUUUGCGAGAACGAGUUGGAGUUGUACGCGUCGGACGCGUUUCGAGCGCUGUGCGCUUUGCGGUGUAAGACGGGUGCGUUUCGAGAAGCGGCUGAGUUGUGCGUGAGAUUUGCGGUGGCGUGCGAUAAAAUUAGCAGCACGGCGACGCAAAGGAGGUGUUAUUUGCACGCGAUUAUCGCGUAUUUGUGGGUUGGUGAUGUGAAGGAGGCGGAGCUGAGUUACGCGGAUUUUAUGGAGAUUGACGCGUUUGCGAACUCCGAGGAGAGUCUGAUUAGUUACGAGCUUUUGAGAGGGUACAAAGAGGAAGACGCCGGGAUGAUUGAGACGACGUGGAGAGAGCGGAGAGUUCCAGAGAUAGCGGACGCGUGCUUUAGCCGAUUGAAAUUGCCGAAUCCAGCGUUUCCGUUGAAAGGCGGGUCGAUGAUGAUGAUGGGAAGAGGAGGAGGAAAAGAGGAGGAGGAGGACGACGAUUUGACGUAG